AUGCACAGGAUAAGGUCGUGUCGAUGGCGUGAGUUAAGGUCGUUUGGCUGGGGCGUCCGGCCACUGCUUCAAAAUGCCCGACAACCGCGCCUGGUUCAGGUAAAUGAGGCUGCUGCACUCGCACGCCGCUACCACAGUCCCGCAGACGAUUUGGAUCACCCCAAGCCGAAGGUGUCAGCACCCAGACGGCUGCCUUAUGACUGGGAGGAACAAAAGCUAGUGACUGAAGAGGAACGACAAUCGGUUGAGGAGCAAAAAGCAGUGGUCGAAGAGCAAAGGCAAUUGUCUGAGGAGCAAAGAAUAGUCGCUGAGGAGCAAAAACAUGUGGUACGACGGCACCCGCCAAGACCCAUGAAACUCCGUUAUGUCAAGGUCCAUGGGAGAGCCCAUGAGACAUCAAAGCCUCCGGAGAAACCCAAGACUUUAUCCAAGUCGCGGCAGCGGCACCAAGGUCUGAAAGGUAUCAUGGUGGCCAAGAAAUUGUCAUCAGAUUUCAUCUGCUUCAAGGAGGGCUCUGACAAACCCGCGCCCAUUACCCCCGAGGAUGAAUCAAUGCUGUCCACAGCCCAGCAGUAUUUUGGUGAGGCUUACCAGGAGCUCUACUCUGCAUCUAGGUUGAGUGAGCAUGCUAUAAACACGGCUGUCCCGGAGGUCGCACUUAUUGGUGCCAUGGGAACUCGAAAGGCCACAUUCAUCAACGGUCUGUUUGGGCUCCCCGACAACUACGGUGUUGACUCUUUACAUGACGAGGUCAUCAAGAUGACUAUGUACGGGGUCAAUUUUCCCGUCGGAUCCCAAUAUGGGAAAGGUCUGCCCAUCAUGUCAAGACCGCCGAACGGGUUCAUUCUCGCGGACACUCCCGAAUACGCCCUCAUCAAGCGUCCUUCCUGGGGCAAAGAGGUUGUGAAUUAUCUGGAAAAGCGGGAGAACCUCAAGGGCGCCAUCCUCCUCCUCUCACUAUCGAAGCCCUUUCGUGAGAUGGACAGGUGGGUACUACGCCAUCUCGCCCACAAAAGGGUCAACACGAGCGUGAUCCUCACAGGGGCACAGUAUUUUCCAAAAAGGUGGGAGGAAGUAGCCGCAGAGCGUGCUCGGCGGGUUCGUCAGGAGAUGAUUCGCCUCGAUGUAAGGCUUGACAACGGAUGGGUUAGAAAUAGUGGAUGGAUGCCGGACAUACAUGUCGUGGCUCCAGGGAUGGAGUUCCAGCCCAGUAUUGGCAACGGAGGCGGACUGGGAGGCGCCCGAAAAGCAAUCUUAGAGCUGGCUGGGUUCGAUCUGACCAAGCCCUUCCAGAAGGACGUUUCGGUCAGAGGUAGUCUCGACCAUGUUGUAUCAUUUAAUACUCCAGAAGCAUGA